UUGCGAUCACUGAAUGAUGGACGAUGGCCAGAGGUUGUCGUCCCUGACUGGCUGUUUUUGCCCUCCUGGGGCUGAGACCAACAGCCACUUGUGGUCUUUCCUCUCCACUCGUGUUGUCUGAGGCUUGAGCUGACGGGCUGAUGCCGCCCACUUCCCUUCCCCUCUCCGACGAAACGAGCAGGGUAGGACCUCCUGGCGGCGCGUCAACCCAUUCCCUUCUCUUUAUUGACUGAUUUCUGGUGUGCGCUAUUUAAAGUCCCUGGUCUGCUGCUGCCUGAGCUGUCCUCCUCUUUUUUUUUUUUUUCUUUUCCUCCUACAUCCCUCUCUGUAUCCUUCAUCUCCUGCAUCCCACUACGUCAUCAUGGUUCAUCUCGCCCAAAUCAAGCGCGAUAGCGAUAUCGAGCAGUCCAUCAAGCGGGUCAACUCGAUCAAGCUCGAUAGCGCUGAGGAGGAUGACUUCUCUACCAGUGUCUAUGGUUCUCGCUUCGCGACAGAGCAGCUGCCCCAGCAUGAGAUGCCAGAGCGCGAGAUGCCUAGGGAGGUCGCCUACCGCAUGAUCAAGGAUGAGCUGAGCUUGGAUGGUAACCCCAUGCUCAACUUGGCGAGUUUUGUGACCACCUACAUGGAAGACGAAGCCGAAAAGCUCAUGGCCGAAUCCUUCAGCAAGAACUUCAUAGAUUACGAAGAAUACCCUCAGUCCGCAGAAAUCCAGAACCGCUGUGUGAACAUGAUUGCCCGUUUGUUCAAUGCCCCCACUGACAGUGAUGAUGAACACCCGAUGGGUACCUCGACCAUUGGUUCUUCCGAGGCUAUCAUGCUGGGUACCCUGGCCAUGAAGCGCCGGUGGCAGAACAAGCGCAAGGCCGAGGGCAAGGAUUACUCGCGCCCCAACAUUGUCAUGAACAGCGCUGUCCAGGUCUGCUGGGAGAAGGCUGCUCGCUACUUUGACGUGGAGGAACGGUACGUCUACUGCACGGAGGAUCGCUAUGUGAUUGACCCGAAGGAGGCGGUUGACUUGGUGGACGAGAACACCAUUGGUAUCUGUGCCAUUCUGGGCACUACCUACACCGGCGAGUACGAAGAUGUGAAGGCCAUCAACGACCUGCUGGUGGAGCGUGGCAUUGACUGCCCCAUCCACGUGGACGCGGCCAGCGGUGGUUUCGUGGCUCCCUUCAUCCACCCCACCCUCAAGUGGGAUUUCCGCCUGGAGAAGGUCGUGUCGAUCAACGUGUCCGGCCACAAGUACGGCUUGGUGUACCCUGGUGUUGGAUGGGUGGUCUGGCGCUCGCCCGAGUAUCUGCCUAAGGAGCUGAUCUUCAACAUCAACUACCUUGGUGCGGAGCAGGCCAGCUUCACGCUCAACUUCUCCAAGGGAGCGUCGCAGGUGAUCGGACAGUACUACCAGAUGAUCCGACUGGGUAAGCGGGGCUACCGGUCGAUCAUGGUGAACAUCACCAAGAUUGCCGACUACCUGGCCAGCGAGUUGGAGAAGAUGGGCUUUAUCAUCAUGAGCCAGCGCGGCGGCAAGGGCCUGCCGCUGGUGGCUUUCCGUCUGCGGCCGGACCGCGACGAGGUGUUCGACGAGUUUGCGGUGGCACACCAGUUGCGUGAGCGUGGCUGGAUUGUUCCGGCGUAUACCAUGGCCCCCAACAGCAACGCCUUGAAGCUGAUGCGGGUGGUGGUGCGCGAGGAUUUCAGCAUGAACCGCUGUGACGCGCUGUUGGCGGACAUCAAGCUGGCUAUGAGCACCUUGAGCGAGAUGGACAAGACCAUGUUGGAGCGCUACACUAAACACGUGCGCCAACAUGCCACCCACUCGCACAAGGCCAAGCACACCCACCACCACUACAAGAACGAAACCCACUCGUUGCAGGGCAAGACGGGUAAGACUCACGGUGUGUGCUAGAUGCUGCCCAUCGUAUGCAAUGUAAAUAAUGGUUUGAGAAUUGUUUGAAUAAUGGAACUGGCAUCUGAAGACAAUCCAUCCUUUGGGGCUGACACAGUAGUUAACUUAUAAGUGACUAUACAUACAUACAUGGGGCUCUUAGUAUCAGCAGUAUCAGCCACUAAAUCUGGGGGCGAGGCAGUGUUGAGAGACAAGCGUAAGCAGCAGCAGAGCCGAGGCUG